AUGUCCUCCAAAGACAUGGUCAAGACGUCCGUGCGCGACAAAUAUGUCGUACUCGAAGAGGCUCCGCAAGGCUUCCACGGUGGCAAACAGAACGUCGGUGUCUACGUUGUGAAGUAUCGCCCUUUGAACGAAACAUGCGUCGAAAAGCGCGUGACUGCGUACCAAAAUGGUGUCCAUUCGAUCCACAGCGAGAUUGCCACCAUGGAACAAUGCCGGAAUCAUCCAAACAUUGUAUCAAUCAUGGAUAGCGACACAGCAGAUCUUGAUCACACGUAUGGUUCAAUCUGGAUGCAGCACUGCGAGCUCGGUUCUUUGGAUGCGCUAAUUAUGCGGUACAAAGAACGCAAGAUGCAUCUCCCAGACGAAGGUUUCUUUUGGAAGGUUUUCUGGGAUAUUUCACAGGCUCUCUGCUAUCUUUGGACGGGUCAGGAUUACAAAAAGACACGCGAUUACGCUAUGCAGGGCCGACCAGUAGAGGGCCGCGUGCGUGGUUGGAACGCCAUUCGUCAUCGCGAUCUAAAGCCAGCCAACAUCUUGAUGACAUGGCCUAGACCUCUAGCUGACGACAUGAUGAAUGGAUACCCGAUUAUAGUACUCUGCGACUUUGGCUGCAGUGUAAAGUCUACGGAUAUUAGUUUGAACAACCAAGCCGCAAAGAUACUCGCUUGGGAAAACGUAGCCUUCGAGCCUCCGGAGUCUACCUACAGCGAAAGAGGAGACAUAUAUGCACUCGGUCUGAUUUUGCUCUGCCUGGGACAAAUGCGACAGCGUCCCAACAUGGAUGUUCUCGAUCCAGAGUGCGAUCCAGUAGGAUACUCUAAUUACUUCCAGUUGGAACUCGGGUCGCUAGUUGGGGAAUGCUUGGAGCCUGAUCCAAGUGACCGACCGGAUCAAGAAAUUUUACCUGUGGUGGUUUGGGAAGGCUACCAGGAGUGGCGCUCAUACAGUGGCGGCGACGGGAAACCACUGCCAAAAUGGGCGUUUGAGUAG